AUGUGCCUGGGUCCAGGAGGGUCCGCGGCCUCUAGAGCAUGGGGUGAAGGGGCUAAGGCCGAUAAUCAGCAAUGGGCUCGGUUUGCCGAGUCGUGGUGGAAGGCGUUCCACAGACGGAGGCCUGUGACCGCCUCUAAGGCGGCAACUAGUCGAAGGUCGCGAGAGGAGGAGGAGGAGGACGUAUCAACAGAUGACAUUGACUGGAGUGAAGAGCCUACCCUGCCGGCAGUCCCCCCGAUGCAGCUCGCACCGGCUCAACACGCCACUGCCUCUCUCAAGACUGUACCGUGGCACAGCAGCAGCAGUAGCAAGCCGCCGGUGCACCCAACAGUGGCGCGACAUGAAGGCCACCUGGAAGAGGAGCCUUCUGUGAAGAAGUCAGUGUCAACCUCCCUUACUCCGUUCUCGAAGGCAGAGAGCCCGGCCGGCACACUGCGUCGGUCCUUUUCCGCUGUGGGAGUCACGAAGAGCCCGACGGCGAAGGUGGCGACCUCCCAGCCACUGACGCCGCUGCAGGCCUUCUCACUAGCCUCUACGCCUGUUAUCCUGACGCCUCAGCAGGAGUAUCGUACCCAAGAUGCUACCGAUUCGGACGUUGAACUCUGCGGAGAGUUUUCCCAGAGCGGAGACGGUACGGUAUACGAGCCCUCCUCGGCCUCUCUCGAGUUCGAUGAUGAAGAGCCGUUCAGUGAGCGCCCUCCCCACGAGGAAAGUCUCGGCUGUGUCUAG